AGCAGGGGUGAAAGGAAGAGACGCCAAGAGGUUUAUCCAGCCGACUCUGGAUUCGUCUCUGGCGUGCGCAGGAAUGGCGGCGCUGCCCGGCGCGGUCCCCAGGAUGAUGAGACCCGGCCCUGGGCAGAACUACCCGCGCACCGGCUUCCCCCUGGAAGUGUCCACCCCUCUUGGCCAAGGCCGGGUCAAUCAGCUUGGUGGGGUCUUCAUCAACGGUCGACCCCUGCCGAACCACAUCCGUCACAAGAUAGUGGAAAUGGCCCACCACGGCAUCCGACCCUGCGUCAUCUCCCGUCAGCUCCGUGUUUCCCAUGGCUGUGUCUCCAAGAUUCUGUGCCGGUAUCAGGAGACUGGGUCCAUCCGGCCCGGGGCUAUAGGAGGCAGCAAGCCCAGACAGGUGGCGACUCCGGAUGUGGAGAAAAAGAUUGAGGAGUAUAAGAGAGAGAACCCCGGAAUGUUCAGCUGGGAAAUCCGGGACCGGCUGCUGAAGGACGGUCACUGCGACCGAAGCACGGUGCCCUCAGUGAGUUCGAUUAGCCGAGUGCUCAGAAUCAAGUUCGGGAAGAAAGAGGACGACGAGGAAGGAGACAAGAAAGAAGAAGAUGGCGAGAAGAAAGCCAAACACAGCAUCGAUGGCAUCCUGGGCGACAAAGGGAACCGUCUGGAUGAGGGCUCAGACGUGGAAUCGGAACCUGACCUCCCCCUGAAGCGCAAGCAGCGCCGCAGUCGGACCACGUUCACGGCCGAGCAGCUGGAGGAGCUGGAGAAGGCGUUCGAGAGAACCCACUACCCGGACAUCUACACCCGGGAGGAGCUGGCACAGAGGACCAAGCUCACAGAGGCGCGCGUCCAGGUCUGGUUCAGUAACCGGCGUGCCCGCUGGCGCAAGCAGGCAGGAGCUAACCAGCUGGCCGCCUUCAACCACCUUCUGCCAGGAGGUUUCCCACCCACCGGCAUGCCCACGCUGCCACCCUACCAGCUGCCGGACUCUACCUACCCCACCACCACCAUCUCCCAAGAUGGGGGCAGCACAGUACACAGGCCCCAGCCCCUUCCACCGUCGACCAUGCAUCAGGGUGGGCUGGCUGCGGCCGCUGCAGCGGCGGACACCAGUUCUGCCUACGGAGCCCGCCACAGCUUCUCCAGCUACUCUGACAGCUUCAUGAACCCCGGGGCCCCCUCCAACCACAUGAACCCUGUCAGCAAUGGCCUGUCUCCUCAGGUCAUGAGCAUCCUUAGCAACCCGAGCGCCGUGCCUCCACAGCCCCAGGCCGACUUUUCCAUCUCCCCACUGCAUGGAGGCCUGGACUCAGCUUCCUCCAUCUCAGCCAGCUGCAGCCAGCGGGCCGAUUCCAUCAAGCCAGGAGACAGCUUGCCCACCUCCCAGUCUUACUGCCCACCGACCUAUAGCACUACUGGCUACAGUGUGGACCCUGUGGCUGGCUACCAGUACAGCCAGUAUGGCCAAACUGCUGUUGAUUACCUGGCCAAAAACGUGAGCCUGUCCACACAGCGCCGUAUGAAGCUUGGGGAACACUCCGCUGUGCUGGGACUUCUUCCUGUGGAAACGGGACAAGCCUACUAGGGUCCCUGGGGCAACUUGCCCCGUCUAGUGGCCCAGCCAACACUUCCCAAGCCCUGAGUCUCCUCACCUCAGUCCCCUCAUCCCCCUGGGGUGGCAGGAGGCCAGGGAAGAAGCCCUUUCCCCUCCUACAGGCAACCCUCUGGAGACAGACAACCAGUGUGCCAUUCACCCAUGCUUAAUGACCCAGAGUGGCCCUCUGCCUCCCCCUCUUUCUCCAGAGGGGUUCCUAGACAUCCUGCAGUGACCUCCAGCUCACACCCACCUUCUCGUAUCAUGGCCUUGGUCCUGUCUCAGUGCAGAGAUUGAGGCUCAAUCUGAACCAAGCACCUAGUUAUCAGAAGAAAACGGUGCCAAAGAUAAGGCCCUGGCGUCCUUGACCUCUGAGUCAUGGGUGCCCUGGCCAGGGGUGUAGGUGGAGCUCAUGGGUGUCCUCAGACACAGAGCUGAGAGCUCUCUCUCUCGCUUGGUAUUAGGACUGCAGCCUCUUUCCCUGGACACUGAGAUGAGUCCCCGGGGUGUUCCCAGGGGAGAGAGCAGAUAACAUCUCAGCUUUACCUAGGAACCCAGAGGACUUUGGGACUGUCCCUGUGCACCUUGCUGGGCAUCAGGAGACCAGGAAGGGAUUCUAGCAGAGGGUGGGGGGCACAGAGGCAGAGCUGAUUGGCCAUGGGCUAUCCCAGAAUGCCUGGUCCCGAGUCCAGCAUCAGGAGGUGCAGGACUCCUAGGCUGCAGUCUGACAGAGGCUUGCCCACUGGGUCAGGCUUGGGCAGCCCACAGAGCCUGUCACUCUCCUCAGUUGGUAGGAGAAGAGAAGGUCUUGAGGUGACAGGAGGCACAAGGCAGGCUCAGACGGUCUGAGAGCACCAAGCUUUCGACUCCGCACCCCUGGGGUUCUGCAUACCAUCUUGCUGGCAGCUGGUCCCCGGAAAGGGGGCCUCCAUCCUCCAGCAUGGAAUGCUCUUGAUGCCUCUGGAUGCAGAGAGCCUUCUCGGGCCAGACAAAAAUGCUGCUCCACCCCAGAGAAGAUGCUCCAGUCUCCUAGGCAUCUCAGUGGAAGGCCAUAUCUCUGUCCUUUUCAGAGUAGCAUAUUUUUCAGUGAUGGCUGCUCAGUCAGGUGGGUUCUGUCGCCUUACAAGGCACAGUACGCCUUGGGCCUUGGGCACUGUUUCUAAGCCACCCCAUCCCAACCCCAGCCACCCCAGGGAGAGAGAAAGAUGCCAAAAGUCCCAGCAAAGAGGACAAAGCACCUUUCUUAAGCACUCCAGUCUUCCUUGCACCCCAGCCUCUCUUAGAGCUGGGUCUUUUGAGGGAAACGGAUUGCUGAGCCCCCCCCCCCAAUUCUCUCCUCUGUGGAGUUCUUUAUCACUCUCUAUUUAUCAGAAUCGCAUCCAUCUUUACCCUCUCCCUUGCUAUAACCUACUUCCGGACCACCCUCAUCCAGUGCUGGUACCCCACAGCACUAAAUCCAGGAACCCUGGGCCUGAUUGCCUGUUGCCACCCGUACACGUGAAACCACCUCCUGCCCUCAGCCAGCAAGACAUUCCUAGAGAGAGGGGCUCUGGGCUCAAAAGCCCCAACUGACUUCCUUUUGCCUGGGGACCUGAACCGGCAAGACACCUGGGACACUUGUCUACAUGAACACGUGACCAAUGUGCACCUAUUUCUCAUCUCCAGACCUACCAUCUGAAGCCUGUCCCGGGCCAUGACUAGGAUGGCUUGUAACUGGUUUAGAGAAGUCUAAUAAUAACGGAGGGCAAACUGACUCUCUGGUAGCGUCGAGCACCAGACAGAUGGAGCUCAUCAGCUCUGUCCAGGUUUCAAGGGAGGAGACUUUUGGGCUCUUCGAGGUCUAGACGAGAGGAAAACCAUGUUGCCCCCUUGGGAACCCAGGUUCUCCUUUUGAACUUCUCACAGCUGCAAGCACCCUAUUCGAAGACCAAACGCAUCUUCCUCCACAUUCCUUGCCCCCGGGAGGCCUGGCUCUGGAUACACCUGAGUCUCUGUUCACCUAUUAUGCUUUAGGAGCAGGAACUUCAAGCAGGUGACAUCCACAGGGCCCAGUUCCAGCCAAGGGAGCAGCAUUCCAACGCUUGGACCAAUCAUAAUGAUCAGCCCGUGAGGGUAAUCGCAACUAGAGAUCUGCUUGGGAGAAAACGAAAUGACUUCUCAUUCCGUGCCAUGCCUCUGAACGCACCCCCAAGCUGCCAUCUUGGUAUAAAAUGGGACUUGUGUUCUUGGGGAACCCUUGACCCCCAACAGAUUUUCCCAACUGUCUUAUGCUUUUGUGAAUCUGUCUGCUUUGAUCUGUAAAACUCAGCCUUGUUUGCGAAGCUUGCAACUUCACCAGUGAGGUCACACCGAUUAGAUGAGAGGCACCAGGCCUCUCCGCCAUCUCUCUGUGACCAUCCCUCUGGGUGGAGCAGAGCCUAGAAGAAGGCCGGUUUCCAGUGGCCAGACUGGACCAGAAACAGCCCCCCACCCCGAUCCCUGUAAAUAGAGUCAAUAGCAAGAUAAGAGGGGUGCCCUCCACGUCACCUCAAGUAGCUACUGGUUCUUCUGUGGAGGCCCCUCUGAACUCAUUGUCUGGUAGUUGAAAAUGUGAUGUUGUGCUGUUUGUUUAUAGAACAUUGGCUUUUUAUAUAUAAAUCUAUAUACUUAAAAACAAAAAAAACAAAAACAAAAUGGAAAGAAACCCCCACAGUGUGUGUCGUGCUAGUGCCGGGGACCAUCUGUAGGGAUAUCAUUGCGUGUUUGGAUUAUGUACCCAGCCUUUCUUGGGUUCCUUCUUCUUUUUUUUUUUCCUUUCCCCUUUGUCAUUUCCCUACUCCCGAUUUGGUUUUUCUCUCUUGCUCUGAAAAUGAAAGAGAUGGCUUGAAGAGCCAAGCUUCUACUCCUUUACUUUGGACUCGAAUUAACUUUGCCCUUCCUUUAGGGGACCAGGAACAAGCCCAGGAAACAGAACUUGGGAAACAAGAGGGUAGGAGAGAGUGAGGGGAGGAGCUAGCGGGGAAGACAGGAGAGCAGGGUGGUUUCCCAGCUAGAUGCUGGCUGUGGCCCAGGAUUGAGCCUGGAUUAGCAUGCCCCACCCGAGGCUGGUAUCGUUUUGCAUGGAAAUGGUAGGACAUUCUAAGACAUGGAGCUAAGCCUUGCUGAGGGAAUCCACAGUAGCCAACUAAGAAGACUGUGUAACUCCUCUAGGAGGUUCAGAUUCUCCCCAGGCUCUUGGGAAUGUUUCUCCCUGCGGGAAGCUUCUCUAGGGUACACAAGCAUCCCCGCCUUCUACAAAAGCACCAAGCCAAGACCAAAUGGGGGUACAUGGGCUGCCUGUUGAAAUGCUUCAAGAUACCUGUGCAUUUAAUGUUUCCUCGGUCUGUGCGGACAUGGGCAGCCCCCUUCUGGGAAAAUACCACCCUGUGCUGGAGAACAUUCCUUCUUCCUAGUGACUGCAACAUUGUUGCUUCAGUGUUUGGCUCAACCGUUUCUCCUCCACACAAAGUGAGUGUGUGUGCAUGAAGGGGUGUGAGUGGGAUGUGUGCGUGUGGGCGGGCGUCUAAAUAUAACCGCACCAUAAUUUAUUCAGCUAUAUGGAGUAGUAGACUAGAAAGAUAAACUGGUAUUUGCUUUAACUACCUGCUGCUUGUAAGCGCUGCCUCUGUAACUCAGGCGUAACUGUUAUACAUUAAAAGAAAUUAAAAACAUCA